AUGAACGAAAAUUCAUUGAAAUCAGAUACUUUUAAUGUGUGUGCCGUUUUUGUCAUGUCGAAUAAACUCGAGCAGAGUGUUUGCAUUAAAUUUUGCGUUAAACUCGGUAAAUCAGCGACUGAAACUUUUGAAAUUAUUAAAAAAGCAUUUGAAGAUGAAGCGAUGAGCCGGUCUAAAACAUUUGAAUGGCAUAAAAGGUUUAUUGAGGGUCGUGAAGACAUUAAUGAUGACUCUCGUGCUGGACGACUUUCAACCGCGGCCGUAUUAAACCAAGUUAUUUAG